AUCUAAUGCAAAAAAAUGAGGCUCGUCGAGUUGCUUAUGUUGAUGAGAAAACCACUGAAAGGGAUGAGAAGGAGUAUUACUCUGUUCUUGUUAAGUAUGGCCAACAGUUGCAGAAUGAGGUGGAAAUUUACCGAGUAAAGUUGCCUGGGCCCUUGAAGCUUGGGGGAAGGAAAGCCAGAAAAUCAAAAUCAUGCCAUCAUCGUCACCCGUGGUGAUGCAGUCCAGACUAUUGAUAUGAAUCAGGACAACUACUUUGAGAAAGCUCUUAAAAUGCGAAAUCUCUGGGAAGAAUACAGGCAUUACUAUGGUAUCCGAAGACCCACUACUUUGGGAGUUAGGGAAAACAUUUUUACUGGUUCUGUUUCUUCUCUUGCCUGGUUCAUGUCAGCUCAGGAAACAAGUUUUGUCACCUUAGGCCAGAGGGUUUUGGCAAAUCCUUUGAAGGUUAGAAUGCAUUACGGUCACCCAGAUGUAUUUGACAGAUUUUGGUUCUUGACUCGAGGUGGUAUCAGUAAAGCUUCCAGAGUGAUCAGCAUAAGUGAGGACAUCUUUUCUGGAUUUAAUUGUACUCUUCGUGGAGGGAAUGUCACUCACCAUGAAUACAUUCAGGUUGGCAAAGGCAGGGAUGUUGGGUUGAAUCAAGUAUCAAUGUUUGAAGCAAAGGUUGAGAAUGCAAUGGAAAGUAACUGCAAUAACAAUGAAGCACUUGGUACCAUCUUGAAUCAACAGUUCAUCAUCCAACUUGGACUUUUCACUGCCCUUCCCAUGAUUGUAGAAAAUUACCUUGAGCAUGGGUUCCUUCAAGCCAUCUGGGAUUUCUUGACAAUGCAGCUCCAGCUUUCAUCAGUUUUUUACACAUUCUCAAUGGGCACUCGUAGUCAUUUCUUUGGUCGGACUGUUCUGCAUGGUGGGGCGAAAUAUCGAGCUACUGGUCGUGGUUUUGUUGUUGAGCACAAGAGAUUUGCUGAAAUCUAUAGACUCUUUGCUCGUAGGCAUUUUGUGAAAGCAAUUGAGUUGGGCUAAUACUUGUAAUUUAUGCAUCACAUAGUC